UUUGCCAUUGAGUUAUAAAAAUUAAUUAUAAUGGAUUAGAUAAAUCAGGAUCUAGUAUUCCAACGGAGAAGUGGCAUCACUUUGUCGCCACUUGAUGUCACUUUGUCUUUAAGAAAGGUCGAUUUUCCAAUAAAAUAUCAGGACUUCAAACAGGAUUUUUUCCUGAAAAAUUCCAAUUAGAAUUUACGGAAUUCUUGCUUUUGAACACAGAGAUCAGUCUUUCUUUAGCUUGCAUGACACCUCUUCUAUCGAAAGGUGUCAAAGUCAGUUUAGAAAUUAUAUUUUUCUUCUAUGUAAAAAGUUAUCUAUGAUAGGAACCAAACUGAGGCUUGUAAGCCUUGAUGAAUCACAGCCUUUUGGAUAUUGGAGAAAAUAUAAAUAGCAUUAGAUAUAUCCAGAAAUAUCUUUGUGUGAAGGAAAAGGCAUCUACAUGAAGGGAUUUGUAAUCAUCCAAAAGUCUUUCCUUGCUUUCUUGGAUCAUUUACGGCACCAUCAAAACUUUUACAGCCAGUAGGAUAGAAUUUAUCCCUAGGCUAGUAUUAUUAACUUGCUUAUUUAAGCAUAAUUUGAUCCAGACGACUCAAUUUUAUUCAACGAUGAUCUUAAAAACGGGGGUUAUACUAUUGGCUAUCUUACGGAAUCUUCAUAUAUCUGCUUUAUUCUUGAUUUAACCCAUAUCAUUAUAAAUUCUAUGGCGUGAAGAUCUGGAGAAAGAUUGUUCUGUUUAAUCCCUUACAAUGGUACCUGCUUAUCAUCAAUCUCUUAAUCAUUAUUGUUGUUCAGUAUAUUUUCAUCAUAAUCAUUUGUCCUUUUCUAUGAAUCUUGGUUUUCCUCAGACGGAUAAAGAAGCAAUGGAUUGAGACUGAUGCUUCUGAAUGUGACCAACAGGACAUAAAUGAACAUGCUCAAAGCAGGGAAGAUUUAAGGGAGCCGGUUCGAUUUAAUGAAGAAAGAAAAGAGACCCAAAUUAUACCAGUAGUCCUUGAAGAGGAAGGAGUUUUUCCUCCUGUCCAAAUGAAUAAUAUUAAGGAUCCAUCGAAGCGUAGAAGAAAAGCUGACGGGAAUCAAUGUUUUAUGAAUCAGAUGGAUAUGUUCAGAAGGAAUCUCGAAGAAAUAAGAAGAAGGGAAGAAAACAAUAUGAAAAAUAGUGAUGAGGAAUCAUACGACUGAAGAGAUAGUAUUACAUAUGAUAGGAAGUCGAUCCAGAACAUGUUACAAGAAGAUAUUGAUGCUUUAAAAAAGACUGGAUUAAAAUGCUCAAUUUGAUUGGAGGAAAUGGAAAAAGAUCACAGAUUCUUUGCUCUCUCAUGAGCACAUUUAUUUCAUAAAGAAUGAAUUCAGAAUUGGUUUGAUAGAGGGCACCGUACUUGUCCAAAUUGUAAACACAAACAUUAAUCCCAAAACCUGGCUACGUAUCCCUAUUGCUACUCCUUCACCUUAUUUAAUCU